CAGGUGACACCGGAAGGUGAGUUACUGAACACACAACAUGAUUUCACCGAAAUGAAAAUAGAAGCAUUUUUACAAGAAUCAGCAUGGCCGAGGAAAGGCUUAUGUUUAUAGAUAUUGAACCAAAGUCAACCAGCUCCGCUCCAGAGCAGCCCCUCUGGACUUGCAGUGACAACACCUUCACAUUUAACUUUAACCCUCCAGCACUUCAGGAGAAAACAUCUCCACCAGACAGCGAGACCGAACCAGCAGCGAGCCGGAUAUCCUGCACAGGACAAGGCACCUCUUUUGCCUUCAACUUUCAGAUUCCUCCUGCUCCACCUGUGGAAGACAUGGAGACGACAGAGACCCCAGACACUUCCUCUCCGGGCGGCCAACAAAGUGUCCAAGAGGAAAAGCCUUCUCCCUCUCCAGCUGAGCCGUCAGUGCAAUUAAAAGCAAAGAAGAAGAAGAAGAAGAAAUCUGGAAAGAAAAACCCCUCAGAUAGCACAGAGGCACCGCAGACGGCAAGUUCAGCCGAGGGGAGUCAAGGAGGCGAGGAUGCAGAGCUGAGUGCAGAGGAUCAGCUGAACAGACAGCUGGACUGGUGCAUCGAGCAGCUGGAAGUUGGAAUGAAGACCCAGAAGGGUACACCGAAACAGAAGGAGGAAGCCUCACGUGCCCUGAAAACUCUCCAAAGCUCCAAAGCUCCUCUGGCAAAGAAGAGGCAGGUGAUGAGAGCCAUGAAUGGUGAUUACAGGAAGAAAAUGGAGGAGGAGAAGAGCAAGCAGUACAAACUCAUUAAGAGCGAAAUUGCAUCAUCGCAGGUCAAAGUUGUGCCAAAUUCUCCAAAGAAGUCUGUUUUCCACCGGAAGGCUGAGGUCAAAACCCAGACAGCAGCCACAGAGGAGAACCUGCAACAGGAUACAGACCUGAAAGCACAGACGCAGGAGGAGACGUCCGCUUUUGUCUUCACUCCAUCAAAGGAGGAGUUUCGCUUCAAUUUUCUCUGAUUUGUACGCUGAAGACACGUUUCACCGCAUGUUAUGUUGGACUGUGGGCUGUAUUGGAGAAAAACAAUCACUUAUAAUCACAUAUUCAAAAUCUUUAAUUGCUGAUCGCUUGUACCAUAUAUCUAAAUAAAGAUUUUGUAUUUUUGUUCGCAUUGUAUAUUUUAGAUUUGUGUGUAAAAUCUUUACACAUCUAAAAGUUUUCCCCAUCUGCAUGUGUUUUUUGGGGUGAGGGUCAAAGAGGUUAUAAAAGUUUGCUUGGUAAUUAUUUCUGUUAAUUAUGACCUGCUUUAUAUUCAUUAUGCUUUUAUAUCAGUCAGAACCUUUAAAGGUGUAGUUAGUAAGUGGCAGUCAGAAUACUAAAAUAUCUAUCGAUAAUGUUCCCCAAAUACAUCUGCUAGUUGAGGAAAUAAAAUGUUUUUUUU